AUGACAUCGAUCGAGUAUAAGUACUAUCCCAGCAAAAAGGCAACAAUUAUAACGGCUCCCUUUUCAGGAGGACAGCCUAAAGGUGGUGUUGAAUUAGGUCCUGAGUAUAUUCUCAAUGCUGGUUUUCAAAAGCAAGUUGACUCUCUUGGAUGGCAAACAAACAUUGUUCAUCCUCUUGAGUCUCUCGAUUUGGAAUCCAAGAAAUCUAAUAUCAAAAACGAGUAUAAUGUGAAAAACUCAGCUAUUGUGUCUCAAUGCUGUGAACAAAUUUUUCAAGCUUCGAAAAAUAGUUUGGCUGAAAAUGCUAUGCCCAUUGUCAUUGGUGGUGAUCACUCAAUAGGCACUGCUACCAUUGCUGCUUCGCUUUCACAUAAUCCGGAAACUUGUGUUAUUUGGGUAGACGCUCAUGCCGACAUCAAUACUCCAAAAAGCACUAUUUCAGGCAAUCUCCACGGUUGUCCAGUGAGUUUUGUUAUGGGGAUAGAAUCAGAGACUUUUCCGCCAGAAUUCUCGUGGGUACCUCAUUUGUUAAAACUGAACAAAAUCGCUUAUAUAGGACUUCGUGAUGUGGAUGAAGGUGAAAAGAAGAUUCUUCGUGAGAACAAUAUCGCUGCUUUCUCAAUGUAUCAUAUUGAUAAAUACGGUAUUGGGAAAGUAAUAGAUAUGGCAUUGGAUAAGAUUAAUCCAAAUCGUCAGUUUCCAAUUCACUUAUCAUAUGAUAUCGAUGCUAUUGAUCCUUCAUAUGUCCCAGCUACUGGAACAAGAGUACAAGGCGGAUUGAGUUUGAGAGAGGGUUUGUUCAUUGCUGAGGAUAUUGCUCAAACUGGUUUAUUGCAAAGUUUAGAUAUUGUAGAGACAAACCCAAUGUUGGCAGAGACUGAAGAACAUGUUUUGGAUACUGUAGGUGCUGCUUGCGCUAUAGGUAGAUGUGCUUUGGGUGAAACUUUGCUCUAG